AGCAUAGUUUCAUUUCCUGCUCUUGAAUAUCUGGCUGAACUACUUAAGCUUAAUUUGUUAAACCCCAGUAAGUACCUAUCCCACAUGAUUUGACUCAGAGAUUCUCUUUCCUCCACAGGCAGUCAUCUCAGGAGCAGAAAGAACAGAGCUCCCAAAUGCUAUGUCUAUUCAUGGGCUCUCAAGAACAAUGGACUAUCAUCCUGAUUUAGAAAAUUUGGAUGAAGAUGGAUAUACUCAAUUACACUUCGACUCUCGAAGCAAUACCAGGAUAGCUGUUGUUUCAGAGAAAGGAUCUUGUGUUGCAUCUCCUCCUUGGCGCCUCAUUGCUGUGAUUUUGGGAAUCCUAUGCUUGGUGAUACUGGUGAUAGCUGUGGUCCUGGGUACCAUGGCUAUUUGGAGACCCAAUUCAGGAAGAAACUCAUUGGAGAAUGGCUACUUUCCAUCAAGAAAUAAAGAGAACCACAGUCAACCCACACAAUCACCUUUAGAAGAGAGUGUGACUCCUACCAAAGCUGUCAAAACCACAGGGGUUCUUUCCAGCCCUUGUCCUCCUAAUUGGAUUAUAUAUGAGAAGAGCUGUUACCUAUUCAGCCCGUCACUAAAUUCCUGGGAUGGAAGUAAAAGACAAUGCUCGCAACUGGGCUCUAAUCUCAUAAAGAUAGACAGCUCAAAGGAAUUGAUUUCAGAUCAGAACCACAGCUACCCAAGAAAACCCAUCUCCAAAUUGUGUAUGGAUUCAUGUGUCAGUCAUUUAUGACCAGCUGUGUAGUGUGCCUUCAUAUAGUAUUUGUGAGAAGAAGUUUUCAAUGUAAGGGGAAGGGUGAAGGAGGAAAGAGAAAUAUGUGAGCUAGUAAGGUGGACAGAAAAAGGAACAGAGAAGAGUAACAGCUGAGGUCAAAAUAAAUGCAGAAAAUGUUUAGUGAGCUUGGCAAACUGUAAUCUUAACCAAGAAAUUGAAGGGAGAGGCUGUGAUUUCUGUAUUUGUCGACCUACAGGUAGGCCAGUGUUAUUGUUCUACGUGCUAAAUCCCUAGACAUGGAAUCAGGGCAGCUAAGCUUGAAUUUUUUUUUUUUUUUUGAGAUAGGGUCUCACUUUGUCACCCAGGCUGGAGUGCGGUGGCACAAUCUCGGCUCACUGCAGCCAUCUCUUGCCUCAGCCCCCCCAAGUAGCUGGGACUACAGGUGCAUGUCACCAUACCAGGCUAAUUUUUGGUGUGUUUUUGUAGAGACUGGAUUUUGCCAUGUUGACCAAGCUGGUCUUGAACUCCUGGGCUCAAGUGAUCUGCCCACCUUGGCCUUCCAAAGUGCUGGGAUUACAGACAUGAGCCACCACACCUGGCACCAAGCUUGAAUUUUCAUUCUGCCAUUGACUUGGCAUUUACCUGGGGUAAACCAUAAGCAAGUCUUAAUUUCUGGCUCCAUCCGAGUUGUUUUUGUGCUCAACAAUGCCAUUGACGUGCAUGGUGUGUUGCCAUGAUUUGACCCUCAACUUCUAGCAGUAUAUCAGAUAUGAACUGAGGGUGAAAUAUAUUUCUGAAUAGCUAAAUGAAGAAAUGGGAAAAAAUCUUCACCACAAUCAGAGCAAUUUUAUUAUUUUCAUCGAUCUGAUCAUAAUUAUGAUUAUCAUCUUUAAAAAGCAGGAACUCCUGCUUUUUCUUUAUCAGUUAAAUAACCCAGAGAGUACAUCUGCUGUAUCUCUAAUAGAAUCUUGUAUAAUAUGUAAUUGUAGGGAAACUGCUCUCAUAGGAAAGUUUUCUGCUUUUUAAAUACAAAAAUACAUAGAAAUACAUAAAAUCUGAUGAUGAAUAUAAAAAAGUAACCAGUCUCAUUGGAACAAGUGUUAACAUUUUGGAAUAUGAAACAUGUUUUAUUAGUUUUGUGAUGUACUGUUUUAUAAUUUUGACUUUUUUCAUUAAUUACUGUAAAAUGGUAUUAUUGGAAUGAAACUAUAUUUCCUCAUGUGCUGAUUUGUCUUAUUUUUUUUCAUACUUUCCCACUGGUGCUAUUUUUAUUUCCAAUGGAUAUUUCUAUAUUACUGGUGAGGCAUUUAUAGUCCUCUAAUGUUGAUUAAUAUGUGAAAAGAAAUUGUACCAAUGUCACUAAAUUAUUCACUUUAAAAUGGCUGUUUUUAUGUUAUGUGCAUUUCAUUUCAAUAAAAAAAACUCUUAUUAAAAAA